UGUGUCUUCAACUUCCCUAAAAUUCUCUCUUUCCCUUAGUUGAGUUAGUUCCAUAUUUUUUCCGCAUCCAAAAUGGUCAGCCUUUGUGUUAAUUUUAGUGACCAAAUUCAAGUUGAAAUCAUGUCCAAAAAGCUCAUAAAACCAUCCUCACCAACUCCUAAUCACCUUCAAAAUUAUAAGUUAUCUUUUUUCGACCAAAUAGUUGACAAAACUCAUAUGCCUGUUGUUCUUUUUUAUCCACACCCUAUCAAUUCUUCCACUACAACUAAUUUUAUGGUACAACAACUUGAAGAAUCACUUUCUAGGAUUUUGACUCAUGUUUAUCCAGCUGCCGGUAGAUUUGCACAAGAUAAAUGUUCAAUCAAUUGCCUUGACCAAGGUGUGACAUUAAUAAAAGCCAAGGUCAAUUGCCUAAUGGACGAUUUUCUCCAAGAGGCCAGCACGAAUUUUGAUCUCGCCUUGAAUUUUUGGCCACAAGGCAUUAAAGAUGUGGACGCGACUAGUUUGUUCACCACACCACUUAUGGUUGUGCAAAUUGCGAUUUUCCAAUGUGGAGGACUCGCUUUAUCUAUGAGCACCGCGCACCCUGCAAUGGACGGAUGGGCGAGUUUUACGUUCAUCUACGAGUGGUCCAGAGUGUGUAAAUUGGGAAUGUCUACUGAAAAGAUUAAUUUCAUGAGCUUUGAUUUGGCUAAUGUUUUCGGACCAAGAGAUGUAUCCACGAUGUUUGAAGCUUCUGCUAUUUUCCCUGGACUACGUCCGGACGCUAAGAUUGUGGCCAAAAACUUUGUUAUGGAUGAAGUCUCUUUAUCAAAACUCAGAGACAAAUUAACAAAUUGUAAAAAUCCAGGAGCCUUAUCCUUUAAGCCCUCAAGAGUUGAGAUGGUCACAGCGAUUUUAUGGAGGGCUCAACUCCGCGCUUCACAGGCAAUAACAGGGAAAGUGAAGCCUUCAUUAAUGUCAUUUCCCCUGAAUUUACGAGGUAAGCUUAAAUAUCCUGAAACAACUAAUCCUUAUGGGAAUUUUGUUAUUGAAGUUCCUAUAGCAUAUGAACCUAAAGGGACCAAUAUGGACUUAAAAGAUUUCAUAAUAUUGAUAAGAGAAGCAGUGCAAAAGACUGUUGACUAUUGUGGUGAAGCUUCAACAGAUGAAGUAGUUGACCUGGUGGCUAAUUUAUAUAACCAAAGUUAUGGAGGGCAAGAUUGGGGAACUAGUGAUGAUAUUGAGGAAUUUACAUGCUCAAGUUUGUGUCGUUUUCAUAUGCAAGAAGCUGAUUUUGGAUGGGGGAAUCCAAAUUUAAUGCAUUUUGGGUCAAGACAUCAUCAAGUGUUUUGGUUGUAUUCUACACAAUGUGGUAAUAGUAUUGCUGUGCAGAUGGAUCUCAAGGAAAACUACCUACACUUUAUUGAACGUGACCUAGAUUUUCUCGCUUUUACCAAGUUUUAAUUUUU